GAAAAGAAAUUGUGUACGCAACUCUAACUGUGUAUUAAAUGUGGCAAGUAGAAAUAGAAAUACAAAAUGGAAAAAAAGUGUUUUGUGCCACCUUAAACCUCUGAAAAUUCUAACAACUGAUCCCUGCAUCCUCUCGCCACGUGUCCAUAUACCCAAUAUCGACAACCCACGUGGUUCGGCGCUUCAUUAUUUUACUUGACCGCCGCGUUUACAACCACGUGGCGCCGAUCCAACUCCAUUCUUAUUUAAAGUUUAAACGGCUCCGAUUGCUCUUCGUCUCGCUCUUCUCAUGCAGCAGUUUCCGUAUUCCGUUUCGGUGCGUUCGUUUUUUUUCUAUUUCUUCUCUUCACGUUCUCACUCGUGAGAUCAACUACAUAUGAUUUUCGACGAAUUACGGCAAGGAUCGAUGGCACCGGAGGAUACCUGCCGAUCGGAGUUUAAAAGUGGGGAAGUGGUUUUGGAUAGUGGCGACCCCAAGAAAUCGAAGAAUUUUGGCCGGAAAAAGAUGGAACUCCGGCGGAUCAAGUCGGUUUCCACCGGAAAAUCCGGAGAUCUAGUGGAGUUUUUGGAUUGUAAGGUUUCUAGUAGGAAAAGGAGAUCCGAUGUUAAGAAAGAGAUAAAAUUGAUGGAAGAAGCGUUGCUGGUUGAGAGCGACGUCGGACUCGGAGGAUCUCGAGACGCCGCGUGCCCGGCUCAUGGAGCAGUGUCGAUCAUCGGUCGCCGGAGAGAAAUGGAGGACGCGGUGGCGGCGGAGCUGGAUUUUCUGAAGAAAGGCGGGAAGAGUUACAGUUUCUUCGGAGUUUACGAUGGACACGGCGGGUUUCACGUGGCGCGGGCUUGUAGUGAGAUGAUGCAUAAGUUGUUGGUGGAGAUUGUAGAGGAAGACGUAGGUGAAGAGAUAGCGUGGGAUAGAGUCAUGGCGGUGGGUUUUAGGAAGAUGGACGAGGAAGUGAAUAAGAGUGGUGCUUUGGUGGCGUCCACUGGCUCCACCGCCGUCGUGGCGGUGGUGGGGGAGGAGGAGGUCGUGGUGGCCAAUUGCGGCGAUUCCAGGGCGGUGCUGUCACGCGGCGGUGUUGCCGUACAGUUAUCUGAUGAUCACAAGCCUGAUAGAGCUGAUGAACUAGAGAGGAUUGAAGGGUGUGGAGGCAAGGUAAUCAACUGGAAUGGGCACAGAGUUUUGGGGGUCCUGGCGACCUCUAGAUCGAUAGGUGAUGAAUAUCUAAAACCAUUUGUAAUAACGGAUCCGGAAGUGAAGAUUGUGGGUCGGACGAAACGGGAUGAGUUCUUGAUACUGGCGAGCGACGGGCUGUGGGAUGUGAUUUCUAAUGAGGUUGCAUGCCAGGUGGUGAGGAGGUGUUUAAGGAGGAGCCGCUCAGCCUCAGCGGAGGCAGCUGCCGUCUUGGUCGAGUUGGCAAUGGCUCGCGGCAGCUACGACAACAUCAGCGUCCUCAUCGUCGAUCUCACCUGAAUAUCCUUGUACAAUAUCUCUGCAACUUUUAUACGUCCUUUUUAACUGUAAGCAUGCUUCUGUUUUAACCUAGAAUAUUUUCACUUGCUGCGCUCGACAUCCUAUAUUUAUGUUGAGCUAUUCAUAGUUUUAAAGCAAUGAGAAGCCAGAAAGAUUUUCAAGGCCAACAAA